AGCUUGCCGCCGUCACGGCCGCCGCCUGGACCUUUGCCCGGAGGGAGCCGCAGAGGGUCCGUCGCCGCCGUCCUCUGGAGGGCGGCGCGCCCGGGGGCCCGGACCUCCAGUUCGGGAGGGAUUUUUCGUCGGCCCCCUCCCCCCAGCGAGGGAGCCCGAGCGGCCGCCAAACAAAGGUACCAGUCGCCGCCGCGGGAGGAGGAGGAGCCGGAGCUUCAGCCUCGGCCGCCGCUGGACCCGCCGCCCUUCUUCUCCAUCUCUUCUCUGGGCCUGCCGCGUCGGGGGGAGGAGGAGCGCGACUCUGGACGCGCCAGCUUGGACCUCGCCUCCGCGGAAGGUGCAGGUGACGCUGGUGUGGUCGCGGGGGUCGCCGACCCGGAGUCGCCAUGAAGGAGAUGAAGCCAUCCAUAAGCCUACCUAUGCUACAAAGUGGCCAAUUCGACAUGGAAUCAUUGAAGACUGGGAUCUUAUGGAAAGGUUCAUGGAACAAGUGGUUUUCAAAUACCUUAGAGCUGAACCUGAGGACCAUUAUUUUUUAAUGACAGAACCUCCACUGAAUACACCAGAAAAUAGAGAAUAUCUUGCAGAAAUUAGGUUUGAAUCAUUUAAUGUACCAGGACUCUACAUUGCAGUUCAGGCAGUGCUGGCAUUAGCAGCCUCUUGGACAUCUCGACAGGUUGGCGAGCGGACCCUGACAGGGAUUGUCAUUGACAGUGGAGACGGAGUCACCCAUGUUAUCCCAGUGGCAGAAGGGUAUGUCAUUGGAAGCUGCAUCAAGCACGUCCCGAUUGCAGGUAGAGAUAUUACUUAUUUCUUUCAACAGCUGCUAAGGGAGCGGGAGGUGGGAAUCCCUCCUGAGCAGUCACUGGAGACGGCAAAAGCCAUUAAGGAGAAAUACUGUUACAUUUGCCCUGAUAUAGUCAAGGAGUUUGCUAAGUAUGAUGUGGAUUCCCGGAAGUGGAUCAAACAAUACACGGGUAUCAACGCAAUCAAUCAGAAGAAGUUUGUUAUGGUUGUUGGGUAUGAGAAGUUCCUGGGACCUGAAAUAUUCUUUCACCCAGAGUUUGCCAACCCAGACUUCAUGGAGUCCAUCUCAGAUGUUGUUGACUCGGAUGUUGUUGAUGAAGUAGUACAGAACUGUCCCGUUGAUGUCCGUCGCCCGCUGUAUAAGAAUGUCGUUUCAGGAGGCUCGACAAUGUUCAGGGAUUUUGGACACUGUGGCAGACGUCGACUGCAGAGAGAUUUAAAAAGAGUGGUGGAUGCCAGAUUAAAAUUUAGCGAAGAGCUCAGCGGCAGCAGAAUAAAGCUCAAGCCUAUGGAGAUGCAGGUGAUAACACAUCACAUGCAGCGCUACGCCGUGUGGUUUGGAGGCUGGAUGCUGGCCUCCACGCCCGAUUUCUUUCAGGUCUGUCACACCAAGAAGGACUAUGAGGAGUACGGCCCCAGCAUCUGCCGCCACAACCCCGUCUUCGGAGUCAUGUCUAGGUGUCUGCCUUGAAGUCGCAUUCCAUAGUGUCAUGUUGGGAACGAGUGUCCUCAGAGCCCAGAGAAGACUGCAGCUCCUGUACAGGCGACGCUUGGUAUGGGGUCCCGCCGCGAGCUGGCAGUGCCCAUUGUACGAGGCACCGUGCCAUCUUCACGAAGCUAUUCUUGACGUGCUGGCAGCGAUCUGCCCUUCUGCCUCUCUCCCUCUCUGCCCCCCCCCCAUCUGAGCUUCUAGUCAACAAAUACAAUUCUGAAGGAAUUCAAAUGCAACUUUAAAAAUUAUUAGAGAAAAAAAUGGUGUGAAAUAGUCCCCCCCUGGAAAUAUCGUGGGGACGUAAACACUGAUCCUCCCAGCUUAUUUUUUUAAAUAAAACUUUAUAAACUUGAAAUACAAAUCGAUGUUUAUAUUUCCUAUCAUUUUGUAUUUUAUGGUAUUUGGUACAACUGGCUGGUACUAAGCACGAGUAGAUAUUGAUGUCAUGGAGUGCUGUAAUAAAGUUUUUAAUUAUG